AGCUAAUAGUUUUUUGGAAGGGGCAGUAAAAAGGUUACUACAUGGAUAAUGAAGGAGGAAGAGAGAAAGGGGAAGCAAACAACUCAGUGGAGUCAUUUUCUGCUCUUUACAAGGAUGUUGUCAACGUUCUGGAUUUCAUUGAGAGGUUAAAGAAUGAAGAAGAUAAAAAGACUGUUGAAAUGGUUGAUCAAAUUGAAAAUCUGAAAUUUGGGAUGGCAUUUAUUUGUACGUACAUCCAGCUUUCUUAUUCCGAUUUGGAGCAAUUUGAUGAAUUAAUGUCUAUCCAAAGACAAGAGGUUGAAAAUAUUAUUCGAUCAAUUCUCUGUGAUGUUGAGUUUAACGUGGCAAUUAAAUACAACAUACAUCAUGUCCUUACUCGCCUCAGGGAUAAUAUUGAUUAUUUUAUCAGCUCUCAGAAUCGUUCUACAUCAAGUGCCACCAUGACUGAGGAGCAGAUGGACUUCCUCCUCCUGAAUCUCCAUCACCUAUCCAAGUAUCUUACUGAACAGACUCAGUAUGAGAUUCUUCACAAUGUGUGUGGCAACAUGAAAGAUUUCCAUGGUUUGAUAGUGAAUGGGUGCAUUGAGCACGAGAUUGUUGAAUAUGUCUUACCUCAGUUUCAACUCAUGGCUGAGAGAGUAGGACGCUUCCUUUGGGAUGAUCAAAUUGAUGGAGAGUCUCGACACUUCAAGCUAGCACAUCUACUCAUGAAGAUUAUUCCAAUUGAGCUGGAGGUUGUGAACAUAUGUUUUACAAAUUUGAAAGCUUCAACUUCAGCAAAAGUUGGACACUUCAUUAAGAAACUCCUGGAAAUCUUUCCUGACAUUCUUAGAGAAUAUCUGAUUCAUCUACAGGAGCACAUGAUAAAUGUUACUACCACCACUACUUCAGGGGCUCAAAACAUUCAUGUCAUGAUAGAGUUCCUAUUAAUUAUUCUUUCUGAUAUGCACAGGGACUUUAUUCAUCAUGACAAAUUAUUUGAUCUUUUGGCUCGUGUUGGAGAACUUACCAGGGAGGUAUCAACUCUUGUUCGCGACUUAGAAGAAAAAUUAAGGAAUAAAGAGAGUACUGACAAAACAAAUUGUGCAACCCUAGACUUGCUGGAAAAUAUUGAACUCCUCAAGGAAGAUCUCAAACAUGUUUAUCUAACAGUCCCGGACUCAUCUCAAUGUUGCUUCCCCAUGAGUGAUGGACCUCUCUUCAUGCAUCUGCUACACAUGCACUUAGAUGAUUUGCUGAAUUCCAAUGCUUAUUCAAUUGCUUUAAUAAAGGAAGAAAUCAGGUUGGUGAAAGAAGACCUAGAAUCCAUAAGAUCUUUUUUUGUGAAUAUUGAGCAGGAAUGGUACAAAGAUCUCUGGGCACGUGUUUUAGAUGUGGCAUAUGAGGCAAAAGAUGUCAUUGAUUCAAUAAUUGUUCGAGAUAAUGGUCUCUUACAUCUUAUUUUCUCACUUCCCAUUACCAUAAUGAAGAUCAAGCUUACCAAAGAACAGGUCUCCAAUUUACAUGAGAAGAUUCCCAAGAACAGAGGUCUCCUUGUUGUAAACUCUCCCAAGAAGCUAGUUGAAAGCAAGUCAUUACCGGCUGGUAAAAUUAUUGUAGGUUUUGAGGAGGAGACAAUUUGGAUAAUUGAGAAGCUCACCCGUGGAUCGGCAAAUCUAGAUGUCAUUUCGAUCACUGGCAUGCCGGGUUCAGGUAAAACUACUUUGGCGUACAAAGUAUACAAUGAUAAAUCAAUUUCUAGUCAUUUUGACCUUCGCGCAUGGUGCACAGUCAACCAAGAAUAUGAUGAGAAAAAUUUGUUGAAUAAAAUUUUUAAUCAAGUUAAUGGCUCGGAUUCAAAAUUGAGUGAGAAUAUUGAUGUUGCUGAUAAGCUACGGAAACAACUCUAUGGAAAGAGGUAUCUUAUUGUUUUAGAUGACGUGUGGGAUACCUCAAAAUGGGAUGAGUUAACAAGACCUUUUCCAGAAGUUGAGAAAGGAAGUAGAAUUAUAUUGACGACUCGAGAAAAGAAAGUGGCUUUGCAUGGAAAGCGCAACACUGAUCUUCUUGACCUUCGAUUGCUAAAACCAGAAGAAAGUUGGGAGUUAUUAGAGAAAAGGGCAUUUGGAAACAAGAGCUGCCCUGAUGAACUAUUGGAUGUUGGAAUAGAAAUAGCCCAAAAUUGUAAAGGGCUUCCUUUGGUGGCUGAUCUGAUUGCUGGAGUCAUUGCAGGGAGGGAAAAGAAAAAGGCAGUGUGGCUUGAAGUUCGAAAUAAUUUGAAUUCCUUUAUUUUGAACAGUGAAGUGGAAGUGAUGAAGGUUAUAGAACUAAGUUAUGACCAUUUAUCAGAUCAAGUAAAAUUGUGCUUGCUUUACAUUGCAAGUUAUUCGAAGGACACUGGAAUGAUAAUUUCUGGGUUGAUAGAUUUAUGGCAUGCUGAAGGACUUGUGGAGCAGACAGAGAUGAAGAGUGAGGAAGAAGUGAUGAAGGUUUAUUUGGAUAACUUAAUUUCCAGUAGCUUGGUAAUUAUUUUCAAUGAGAUUGGUGAGUACCCGACUUGCCAACUUCAUGACCUUGUGCAUGACUUUUGUUUGAUAAAAGCAAGAAAGGAAAUGUUGUUUGACCGGAUAAGUUCAAGUGCCCCAUCUUCUUCUUCAGAUUUGAUGCCACGUAUAGUGACCAUUGAUUGUAAAAGCAAGUUCUUUGGCCUUGAAAAUUUUGUCCUGUUCGGUUCAAAUAAGAAAAGGCAUUCUGGUAAACACCUGUAUUCUUUGAGGAUAAAUGCAGAUAAUCUUGACGGCGGUCUUUCUGAUACAUGUCACCUAAGACACUUGAGGCUUCUUAGAGUGUUGAAACUGGAUCACACUUUUAAGGUGAAAGAUUCUUUGCUGAAUGAAUUAUGCAUGUUGGUUCAUUUGAGGUUCUUACGAAUUGGGACAGAAGUUAAAUCUCUGCCUUCAUCUUUCUCAAACCUCCGGAAUCUAGAAAUCCUCUCGGUGUAUAACAACGGAUCAACCUUGGUACUAUUACCGAGAAUUUGGGAUCUAGUAAAGUUGCGAAUACUGCACAUGACUUCUUGUUCUUUCCUUGAUAUGGAUACAGAUGAACCAAUUCUGAUAGCAGAGGACACAAAGUUAGAGAACUUGAGAUAUUUAGAGAACCUGGUGCUUUCCUAUUCGAAAGAUGCAGAGGAUAUUUUCAAAAGGUUUCCCAAUCUUCGAAUUCUUGUAUUCGUUCUCAAGGAAUCACGGGAUUGUUCAACAAAACGACAGUGGUUCCCAAAAUUGGAUUUCCUAACUGAUCUAGAACGCCUCAGUGUAGAAUUUGAAAGUUCAAAUGACAGUGAGCCCUCUGUAGGGACAAAUUGGCUGUGUAAUUUUCACUUCCCUUCAAGUUUGAAAAUAUUGUCAUUAGGUAAAUUUCCUCUCUCACCCGAUUCAUUAUCAACAUUAGCUAGACUGUCCAACCUUGAAGGGUUGUCCCUUGAGAACACAAUCAUUCACGGGGGAGAAUGGAACAUGACGGAGGAAGACACCUUUGAGAAUCUCAAAUUUUUGGAGUUGGAUGAAGUGACACUUUUUAAGUGGGAGAUUGGAGAGGAAUCAUUUCCCGUGCUUGAGAAAUUAGAACUGUGGAGAUGUCGUAUGCUUGAGGAGAUUCCGCCAAGUUUUGGGGAUAUUUGUUCAUUGAAAAUUAUCAAACUUGUAGAGAGCCCUCAACUUAUAGAUUCUGCUAUGAAGAUUAAGGAAUAUGUUGAAGAUAUCAUGGGAGGGGACGAGCUUCAGGUUGUUGGCCGGAACAAUGUCCCAUUAUUUUAAGUAGUUCUUAAGCUGUAUGUGUGAAAAGUCUUGAGCUCUCUUACCCUGCGGAAAUAUAUCACAUGUAAAGAAGAUGAUUACAAUUCCCUUUGCCGAUACACCUGCACCAACAAUCACCAUCGAUAAGGAUUUGGAGUUGAGAAGCUGCUGUAUCUAAUGAUCAAGAUGUUUGAAUUGGUUUGGCCUCAUUUGCAGCAGUGGCAACUUUAAGUCCAUUAAUGAAGAGAAGUUGUGUUGUAAUCAGGCACUCUUACAAAUUGUGACAGCUGUGGCAGGUGCUAGAUUAUAUUGAACCGAAUGUUUCCUUGACAGAGCGAGGCCUUGUAGCUAUCUCAGCUGGCUCCACUUGCUUCUAUACUUGUGCUACCAAAUGAUAAAUGCCGCCCUGGUUACUAUUGCAAGGAACUGUCCUAACUACAAGGGAUUGGGACGGUUUUCUCUCUCUCUUGCCUCAUCGUGUGUUUCAUUACAGCAGCGCCCAUGCUAACAAGUUAGAGAUACUCUCUGUACCUCCACUAGUGUGUGCUCUCCAUUUGUCAAAGCCUUUGCAAGUUGGAGAUAAUCGGAAACUGCCCCUUGGACAACUAGGCUCUGUUGGUCAGUUGGAGAUAAUCAGAGACUGCCCCCUUGGGCGACAAGGCUCUGUUGGUCAAUGCUGCAAAGCUGGAGACGAUGUGAUAUCUUUUUGGAUGUCUUCUUGUUCAGUAAGUUAUGGAAGUUGCCAUGGGUUGAUUGUUGAUGGAGAUGUGAGUGAUUCAAAGUGAAAAAACAAUUAUUUGGAGUUUUUUUUGAAGUUUGAAAUAUUCUGGCAAAAUUUGGGAGGAGAAUUGUAACAAUUCAUGUCCAAACAUGAUUUCGGAAUACAAAUUCACCCGUUGCCAAUCAAAUUUCUACUCCAAAACAACUUUUUACAAUAUAUAUUUCAUUGUUGUUACUCGAUACAACAAAAUGUCCUGUAAAUUUUUAGGAACUAGGAAGGUGGGAGUAACAAAGAUGAUAUGUAGGUUUUCCAUCUUUUUUUGCCAGCAGGUGGAUAUGCCACUUUCAGCUAAGUUUGUUGAAUUGACUUUCGUUUAAGUAAAUAUAACUUCACCAUACUGUUGUAAAAUUCAAGUAUAAUAAGUUUUUUAUUCA